AUGUCUGUUCCAGCUGAUGAAACUGUGGGGGACCUGCCGGUGAGAGAUGUAGGUCUAACUCCAGCCAGAAGUGGACGAUUAAAAGAAUCAUCCAGUACACAGAAUGUCAAAACUUGGCAAGCUGUAUCACAAAUCAGUCGAAAGGAACUGGAAGACAGAUUUUUUCGUUUACAUGAUGAUCACAUCCUACUCAAGCAGCAUGCAAAUAAGCAGGAGGAGAAAAUUAAAAGAAUGGCCACCAAGUUCAUACGGCUUGUUAAUGAUAAAAAAGGUUCUGAGCAGGUUGGUGGCGGCCCCAAGUGGCUGGGUCGGGCUGUGGAGCUGGAAGAAAUGAUUGAGCGUUUGCAAGAGAGAGUUCGUGAGCUUGAGAAACAAAACGAGAGCCUCCGCAGCAAACUUGUUGCAACUAAACAGCAGCUCAAGAUUCAAGGCUGUAGGUCUUGUUUGUACAGCUAUGUUCAGUCUCGUAUUAACACGGGUCUCAGAAAAGAGAUUAAGACUGCUGGCAUGCUGGAGCAUGCAACAAAAGGAAUGAGAUUUCAGGAUAUAGAAGUGGGAUCACCUAACCUUAUGCCCCCAAGAUGUGGACAGAGUCUGCUUGAAGAUCCAGAGGCUGAAAUAAAGAAUUUGGAGAGUGUGAUUGAGUCCCAGAGGGAACGCAUUGAGCAACUGGAACAUGCGAGAAAGAUACUUCUGGGUCAGCUAAGAAGGAAGGGAAAGGAAAUUGCAGAGUCUGUCUCACGGCUGAAAGAGCAAGAAACGACAAGCCAAAGGCUGAACAUUCGGGACAAUGUGGAAAUGAUCAAGAUGCAUAAACAGCUGGCUGAGAAAAACAAUGCCAUUUCAGCAGCGGAAAGAAGACUCUUCCAGCUUCAAGAGGUCCAAAGGAACCUGAAGACGAGCCAUGAUGCUUUAAUAGCAAACAUUGGUGAACUGAACCUACAGCUUAAAGAGGAGCAGUUAAAGUGCUUCCAUCUUGAAAAACAAAUGCAAUCGGUGACUAUUCCAAACCAAAGGACAGAGGAGUUACAGGAAAGAAUAAAUGAUCUAGAAAAAGAGAAGGAAAUCCUGAAGGAAAACUAUGAUAAGCUGUAUAACAGUGUCUCCAGUAUGACCGAUGAACAGCAAUGGAUAUUAAAGGAACAGCAACUGAAACUGCAAAUUGCUAAACUAGAGGAUGCUAUCGAAUCUGGUUUAGCAGACAAAAAUGAACUCCUUGAGAAGAUCAAAGUAGAAAGAGACCAAAAUGAAAAGCUGAUGCAAGAGAACAAAGACCUGCAGUUACGCUGCCUGGAAUAUAAGCAACAGCUAGAUGAAAUGAAAAAUCACAUGAAUGUUUUGACCAAGGAAAAUGAUACUGACGUGACAGAGCUCAGAGAAGACCCCUUGCUUAGAAAGGUUCAAAACGAGCAGAAGAAUGGGCACCUUCUGGUUUUGGAAAAAGUAGAUUAUGAUAUCCAUAAAGAUUUAGAAAAAUCCCUGCAAGAGCUGCAAUUAACACAUGCAGAAACAGUGCGAGAACUUGAGAAGACAAGGAAUAUGUUAAUUGUACAGCACCAAAUUAACAAAGAUUACCAGACCGAAGUAGAAGCAGUGACACGAAAGAUGGAAUGUCUGCAGAAAGACUAUGAGUUAAGACUGGAACAGUAUGUCCAUCUUCUUGAUAUUAGAGCUGCACGCAUCAGAAAACUAGAAGCCCAACUAAAUGAUAUUGUCUAUGGUACAAAACCGCAUAAACCCAGACCAGAAAUGUUGGCAGGCGAUCCAGUGGGUGAAUUUGAUGAAACUUUUCAUUUACGAAGAGGAGAGAACCUUUUUGAAAUUCAUAUCAGCAAAGUGAUCUUCUCUUCUAGUGUUCUGCAUGCUUUUGGUGACCAUGAACCUGCAAGUUUUUGUACUUUUGCAUUCUAUGACUUCGAACUUCAGAUAACCCCAAUAGUUUAUGGGCAUAGCCCCUCCUAUGACUUCACUUCUCAGUACGUUGUGCAGGCUAAUGACAACUUCUUGCAGUAUAUACAACAAAGCAGUAUGACGCUUGAGGUUCAUCAUGCCUGUGGCACAGAUUAUGAAACUGUUGCUGCAUGCCAACUGAAUUUCCAUGAAAUCUUGGAAAACAACAAGAUGAUCUACAGCACAGCAAAUUUAGUUGGACUCAAAGGAAACGUCCAAAACUAUGGUACCAUAGAAUACUGGAUCAGGUUACAAGUUCCUAUGGAGCAAGCUAUUCGUCUCUACAAAGAGAGGUCAAAGGCUCUGGGGUAUAUAGCAUCCAGUUUGAGGAAAUGUGAACAACCAUCCAAGCAGCAGAUACUCAGAACUGCCCAACUCAGCACUUCAGCAGAUGGCAAUUUAAAUGAACUCCACAUUACAAUAAAAUGUUGUAACAAUCUACAAUCCCGAAAAAAACAUCUUCAGCCAAAUCCUUAUGUUGUCUACAAGUUCUUUGACUUUGCAGACCAUGAUACUCCCAUCAUUCCUCGCAGCAACAACCCACAAAUAGAUGACCAUAGGUGUUUCCAAGUGGCAAUGAAUGCAGAUUUGGACAGAUAUCUAAAAUCAGCAUCCUUAACCUUUUAUGUAUUUGAUGAUGGUGAAACAGAAGAAAGUAUGAAAGCCAACGUGCCUCUGAUUUCUUUAGCACAUGACAGAUCUGUCUCAGGUACUUUUGAACUAACAGACCCUGAAGGUCAUGCUGCUGGUACCAUCACAGUUGGAUUAAAAUGGAAGCUUGCCUAUGUACCACCAAGUGGAUCAACAAUGGCUGCAGAUUUAACGAAUUACAUACAAAAUGAGAAAUCAAUUGCAAAUGAAUUAGUAGCAGAGGAAAAAACGCAGACUCCAGCCCUGUCUCCUCCUUUUGCUUCAUCGCUGACUAAACCCACACCCAAACCAAGGCAGCAUGUGGCUCAAGCAGACAAGAAAGACUCUGUUGUUGAAAAUAGCGUGGAACUUACACAGAAGAUGAAGGCUUCAACAGUUCCAAGUGUUUCAGAGCAUGUGGUACAAGAGGUUAAACAAGAAAGGCUAGCAGAUGAAAAGGUGAAGGAAAUGGCUGAAGAAAUUCAACAGGAAAAAGAAGACCCCUCACAUGUCUCAGAGGGGCAUUUGGCUGACCAGAGCUCUGAGACAGACAUAGGAGAAGAAUUGGAACCAGAAGAAAAUGAUGGCAUUGAAUCAAUAGUAACUGACAGUGAUGAGUGUAUUGUUUCAACUCCACUAUCCAAGACUGUUAAACAGGCCACUGAAAAAAUCCGGAUUGAAAUUCUAUCACUUUGUCUUACUGAGUCACGAAUUACACUGGAUGAAACAAUCCAGCAGCUGUUUGUAGAAUGCAGAUUAUACAAUGUCCUUGAAAAGGAGACCCCACUGUCACUUCGAAAACCAGCAAGUGGUCAGACGAUUCACUACAACUUUAACACUGUGAUACAUGUGGAUAAGGCAAAUAAUCGCGCAAGAAGAGAGUAUCUCAAGUCUAUGCUGCUAAAGCCAGAUCAAUGUUCUGACAG